AUGGCGUCUCAAAAAUUCGCUGCCGCCCUAGCGUCCAUCGAAUCCCUUUCCCACCAGCCCACCAAGCUCGAACAAUACAACAACCUCCUUAACGACAUCGUCUCUAGGUCAUCCGGCGAUGAGCUUGCCCAAGAUAUUGUCUACUACCUGGAUUCUAUCCUGAAUGAAGAUAUCAGCAUCGCAUCCGUUCGUCCUCUACUCGAUUCCUUCAUCGCUGCCCUGCAAAAUUUCGAACCCGAAGUCAAGAUCAAGACCGGACAACACGCUGUCACACUGCUACAGACGCGCGCUACAUCGGUAGAGGAACAAGAUUCACAAAUCCGCGAGAUUCUCGCCGCAGCAUAUGAGUCAGAGGAAGAAUAUAGUGCUGCGGCGCGGGCGCUGUCGGGAAUCAACAUUGACAGCUCCCAGCGACUGGUUUCCGAUGCGGCCAAGGCUCGACUGUGGAUUCGCAUCGUGCGAUACUAUCUGGAGGACGACGAUACCACCAGCGCAGAAGGAUUUUUGAAUCGCAUUAAGAACUUGCCCAGCAAGCUCGAAGACCACGAUUCCAAGCUGUAUUUCCAGCUCUCGCAGGCCCGAAUUCUCGAUGCCCGUCGGCGAUUCCUAGACGCCGCACAGGAAUACUUUAACGUCAGCUUGGCCCCUGGAGUCGAUGAGGGUGACCGACUCGCCGCACUUUCAGCCGCCAUUCGCUGCGCAGUUCUGGCCCCCGCCGGUCCCCAGCGUUCACGCUCCCUCUCCCGCCUGUACAAGGAUGACCGUGCAUCAUCAGUAGACGAAUUCUCGAUCUUGGAGAAGAUGUUCCUCGACCGACUUCUAAAUGCCGACGAAGUCGCCGCAUUCUCAAAGAAGCUUGCUCCUCACCAACUUGCCGUUACUGCCGACGGCACCACCGUUCUCGACAAGGCGGUCAUCGAACACAACCUCGUUGCGGCAAGCAAGCUCUACGAAAACAUCAAUGUCGAUGCCCUUGGCGAGAUUCUGGGACUCAAGUCAUCAGGUGACUUCUCCGCUGGAGAAAAGGCAGAGGCGUAUGCCGCGCGUAUGGUUGAGCAGGGUCGUCUUCGGGGUCGAAUCGACCAGAUUGAUGGCAUUAUCUCCUUUGACUCGGAGCUUGCGGCUGGAUCUGGUGCAAAUGGGGCGAGUCUGCGACAAUGGGAUCAGGGAGUACAGGAGCUCGCUGAAGAUGUUGAACGUGUUGCUACCAGCAUUGCCGAUCAGUUCCCGGAUUUUGCUACUAGCCAGAUGGUGCACUGA